AAACUGUACAGCUAUAUGAUUAACGCUCUUAUUAUCAGUGAUAGUCACAUUUCCAAAUCCAUACAUUUAUCUGCAUAACAAUUUACUGUUUUAUAUCAAAAUUGUAAUAGUAAUUAAUUUUAAAAAUACUUUUUAAAUGUUAAAAUGGUCUUAUUAGGUGAAACGUUUCCAAAUUUUAUAGCCGACACGCAAAUGGGUUCAAUUAAUUUUCAUGAAUGGCUAGCUGAUUCAUGGGGAAUUUUAUUUUCUCAUCCAAAUGACUUUACGCCAGUAUGUACAACAGAAUUAGCUCGCGUGAUAAAAUUGAUGCCAGAAUUUGAAAAGCUUGGUGUAAAAGUUAUUGCACUAUCUUGUAAUUCAGUAGAUUCUCAUCGAAAAUGGAUAGAAGAUAUAAAGGCUUAUGCUGAAACUGAUAAGGAAUUUCCGUACCCGAUAGUGGAAGAUGAAACGCGAAAACUCGCUACUUUAUUGGGAAUGUUAGAUCCUGCAGAAGUUGAUGAUUAUGGUAUACCAAUGACUGCCAGAGCAGUAUUCAUUAUUGAUCCUGCUAAAAAGAUGCGAUUAUCAAUUUUAUAUCCUGCAACCACUGGAAGAAAUUUCGAUGAAAUUUUACGUGUUAUUGAAUCAUUACAAUUAACUGAGAAGCAUAAAGUAGCAACUCCAGUUGAUUGGAAGACGGGUGAUCAGGUGAUGAUUCAGCCUACUGUUUCUGAUGAGGAAGCAAAAACGCUGUUUAACAAUAUUAAAACUGUACCAUUACCAUCGGGCAAAUCUUACUUGCGUAUUGUAUCGCAACCGCUGUAAGAAAUAAUACUUUGCAAGAGAAUCCAUUACUUCACAAUAUAUUCUUUUAAAAAUCGAUGUUUGUGAAAAAUUAAAAUACAUUUGAUAUUAAAUUA